AUGUCUUUGAACACGAGCACGAAAACGGGCUUUACCGUGCGGGACAUCCUGGAUCUCCCCAACCCCGCCGGGAGAUGCGAGUCAGGCACCGAGGAGGCGGAGGACGACGACACCGAGGAGGCCUCCGCGGAGGUGUCAGGCUCCGAGCACGCGCCGGUGUUUGGAUUUAGCGGAGGAAGCUACGGCAGGUGGAGCCACGGAUCCGUCCACGGUCUCACCCCCAAAUCCCCGGACCUCUCCACGGAUGAGCCCCCAGACGCCGAUUGUGAAGCAGCGCGUGGCGCUACGCAGAAGUUGCGCAGCAGGAAGCGGCGCGUGCUCUUCUCCAAAGCGCAGACCUUCGAGCUGGAGCGUCGAUUCCGGCAGCAGCGCUACCUGUCCGCUCCGGAGAGAGAGCACCUGGCCGGGCUCAUCCGCCUGACCCCGAACCAGGUGAAGAUCUGGUUCCAGAACCACCGCUACAAGAUGAAGCGCGCACGCGUGGAGCACAGCCUGGAGGCGCUGCAGCUGCUGCCGCACCGCCGCGUGCACAUCCCGCUGCUGCUGCGGGACGGGAAGGCCUGUGAGCGGAUCACGGCGCAGGAGCUAGAGGUGACGCUCAGGUCCGGCUUCAGCCUGCCUCUGUGCACCUACUCCCCACUGCUGCACCCCACCUACGGCCCGGAGCACCCAGGCCUGCCACAGCAGCACCCAGGGGUGCAGCAGCUGGCGCACAUGUACCACUGGAGCUGGUGAGGGCCGAGACUAGACGGACUGAUGGACACAGAGGCAGAACCCCCCAACAAGUGAGCGCGUGUUUGGCCUUAAAGUCAAUCAAAGAAACCCCCAAUGAAUGAAUAACCCAAUAAUGAGAGAAACUCUGAAAUAGUCCAUAUUUUUAAAGGGAAUUUGGUUUGUAUCAGGCCUGCAGGUUAUAGGAAAUAAAAUUAUUUUCCUGAAAAGAUCAGAGUCCUCAAAGGACCAAGCAGAAAUCAGGAUCUCAUCUCAGUCAGAAGGUUUCUGAUCAGGAGAAGAAAUGAAAACACGCUUUUAUUCUUCGCUUUUUUACUUUAGAGAUAAACCACGACAAAAACAGAUAAGGCCAGUUCGGUCCUAAAACUUUCAUUUAUUCUUUUUAAUUAAAAAUGACAACAAACAAACAAACAA